AUGCCUGGCAACGAGGCCGUUCAAAUCAAUAACGUGGUUGGCCAGCAGGCCAACCUGGCUAUCACCAACCACGGAUCAGAUUGGUAUUAUACCGUCUGUGCUGUCAUGGGCGUCUCGACGCUUGCCUUUAUGGGAUUGGCACUCAGAAAGCCUCAGGGCCAUCGGUUGUUCCACUACAUCACUGCUGGCAUCACAGCUAUUGCGUGCAUAGCCUACUUUGCCAUGGGUUCCAAUCUUGGCCAGGUGCCCAUUCAAGCCGAAUUUGUGCGACCACGCUCUCACUGGGUCGGUUCCGCAGGCACUCGCGAGAUCUUCUAUGCCCGCUACAUUGACUGGGUUAUCACUACGCCUCUUCUGCUACUGGACCUGCUUUUGACGGCUGGUUUACCCACUCCAACCAUUCUCAUCACCAUCUUUGCCGACGAGAUCAUGAUUGUCUGUGGCCUCAUCGGCGCUCUCACUCGCACCUCGUACAAGUGGGGUUUCUGGACUUUUGGCAUGGCUGCUUUCUUUUACGUCGUUUACAAUCUGCUGGGAACUGGUCGGUCGCACGCCAGUGCUCUCGGUGGUGCACCCAAGAAGACCUACAUGCUCUGCGGUGUCAUGCUCACCUUCCUCUGGUUCCUGUACCCCAUUGCCUGGGGCCUGAGCGAGGGAGGUAACGUCAUUCAUCCCGAUUCCGAGGCUAUCUUUUACGGUAUUUUGGACAUCUUUGCCAAGCCGGUCUACGGUGCUCUCCUUAUCUGGGGCCACCGCAAUAUCAACCCCUCUCAGCUCGGUCUUCACAUCCGUGACCCCGGCCAGACCAGUGAGAAGUAUCACAACAAUGGUCUUCACAAUGGCCAUGGUGUGACUGGACCUGACCGUGCCGUUGGUACCAAUGGCACUCACACCACCGGGGCGAGUGCUGCCGGUGCUGGUGCUCCUACCGCCACAGUCUAG